AUUGCGCUUUCGUGUAGCAUCUAGCACAGCUUCCAGCUCUCUACCCGGUCUACAUUCACCAUGGGUGUCCCCAAGUUCUUCAGGUGGCUCUCUGAGCGCUAUCCUGCCAUCUCGCAGGUCAUUGCCGAGAAUCGCAUUCCCGAAUUCGACGCCCUCUAUCUGGACAUGAAUGGAAUCAUUCACAAUUGUACGCAUAAGGAUGCCGGAGAGGAUGCGACAUUCCGUCUGAGUGAGGAGGAGAUGUUCAUCCGUAUCUUCAACUAUAUUGAGCAUCUUUUCGGCAAGAUCAAGCCGAAAAAGCUUUUCUACAUGGCCAUCGACGGUGUCGCCCCGCGCGCCAAGAUGAACCAGCAGCGAUCUCGUCGGUUCCGGACGGCUCUUGAUGCCGAGAAUGCGAGAGAGAAGGCUAUCAAAGAUGGUGUGGAAAUGCCCAAGGAGGCCCCUUUCGACAGCAAUUGCAUCACCCCAGGCACUGAGUUUAUGGCCAAGCUCUCCCGUCAACUGAAGUACUUUGUCAACAAAAAGGUGACUGAGGAUGCUGAUUGGCAGGAGUGCGAGAUUGUUCUCUCCGGGCACGAGGUUCCCGGCGAGGGCGAGCACAAAAUCAUGGAGUACAUCAGGAACGCCAAGGCUCAGCCUGAUUACGACACGAACGUCCGACACUGUCUCUACGGUCUUGAUGCUGACCUGAUCAUGCUUGGUCUGCUCAGUCACGAUCCCCACUUCUGCCUUCUUCGUGAAGAGGUUACCUUCGGCCGUGCGUCGAAGACCAAAUCGAAGGAGCUGGAGCAUCAGAACUUUUAUCUCCUGCAUCUCUGUAUCGUCCGUGAGUACCUGGAUCUAGAGUUCCAGGAGCUCAAGCAAGAUGGGAUUUUGAACUUUCCAUACGAUCUUGAGCGGGUCAUCGACGACUUCAUCCUCAUGGGUUUCUUCAUUGGCAACGAUUUCCUUCCCCAUCUCCCCCGCCUUCACAUCAACGAAGGCGCACUUGCAUAUAUGUUUAGGAUAUAUAAGAGCAUCCUGCCCGAGUGCGAUGGAUACAUCAACGAAGGCGGCGUCAUCAAUCUCCAACGCCUGCAGCCGAUGGUUCCAAUCGAAGCAAUCAGCGAGCAACAGCAGAAGAACGCUGCGCAGUCCAAGCAGAGAGGCAAGGGCGUCGUCAUGACCUCCGCGCAGAGGGACCUUUGGAAGAACUACAUCAAGCCGUACCUCACCAAACCCACCCCUGAACCCCUCGAUCUAGGCACAGAGCUCAACGCUGCCGAUCGCAAGUUUGUGCAGGAUCUUGCCGACGCUGUCCAUGUGGACUGGAGUACCAAGGAAGACGACGAUGGCCACCGUCAUCUGAUUCUCACGUCUCCUCAAAGCGAGGAUAACAACGAGGAGGAGGAGGAGGGUACCCUGGCUCUGUUCCGCGUCAUGAAGAAUUACGACAAGGCAACUGUAGUUGACAUAACUGCAGAUGACGCCAAGCAGCACUAUGCGGACCUUUACAAGCAGAAGUACCAAGGCUGGAAGACCAAAUACUACCUGCAGAAGUUUGAGGACUGGGCGCCGGACAACUACGACAAGGAGCUCACUGCUCUUUGUGAAAACUAUGUGCAAGGCCUGCAGUGGGUUUUGUACUACUACUACAGAGGAAUUGCCUCGUGGCCUUGGUUCUAUGCCUACCACUACUCUCCCUUGACAUCAGACGUCAUCAAGGGUCUGGGUGCUGAUCUGAACUUCAAGCUUGGCCAGCCUUUCCGUCCGUACGAACAGCUUAUGGGUGUCCUCCCUGACCGAAGUAAAUCGAUCGUCCCCACCGUGUACUGGGAUCUCAUGACAAACCCCAAGUCGCCCAUCAUCGACUUCUAUCCGCGAGACUUCGAGCUCGACAUGAACGGCAAGAAGAUGGAAUGGGAGGCAGUUGUCAAGAUCCCCUUUAUUGAUGAGAAGCGACUUCUUGACGCAAUGGGCCCGGUUAACGAGGAAUUGAGUGACGACGAAAAGUCACGAAACCAAUUCGGUGUUUCCCUAAAGUUCACUUACAACCCUGAGGUCAACUUCACCUACCCGUCCUCCAUGGUUGGCGUCUUUCCAGACAUUCCUCAGUGCCGGUGCGUCGAGAACAUUUUUGAGCUGCCAAGCACCGAAGGCCUGCAGUAUCGUUCUGGCCUGAUGGACGGGGUUAAGAUCAGUGCCGAGGCUCUGGCUGGUUUCCCUUCCAUUCAUACGCUUCCCUACACCGGCCAACUCAUGGAAGGAUACGGGGUCAACGUUUUCCAACAGGACAGCCGUAACCCUAGCAUGAUCAUCACUCUGAGCGAGUCGGAGAUCACGACAAAAGCUGAGGUGGCCAAAAAGAAGCUAGGCCAGAAGUGCUUCGUCGGGUACCCUUUCCUCCAAGAAGCAAAGAUUGUCCGUGUUGUGGAUGAGCUAUUCGACUACGAACUCGACCACACGGGUACGACUGUUGUCCAGAAGAACCAUGGUCCCCGGGAGAUUGAAGGUUUCUCGAGAGAGUCUCAGUACAUCGAGAACUGGCAUGCCAAGCGGUUGGGAUUCACAAUUGGUGAGGUUGAAUCGCUGGUGCAUGUGCACAUGCUCAAGGGUCUCAUCAAGACCGAGGAAGGCGCGCUCAUCAAGGAGUACGCAGAGAACCCAAGCAUGAGGAGCGUCUAUGCAUCACAGACUAUUGUGGACGAGGUCAUCAGUCAGGAUGAGCGCUUCAUUGAGAGGGCGUCAGUCCCCAUCGAAGAGGAGUACCCCGCGGGUACGCGGGCCUUCUUCUUGGGAGAAUUCCACUACGGCCGCCCCCUGGAAGUGCUCGGCCACGCAAACAACAAGGCGGAGAUUGUGGUUUCGGUGCUUCAGGCCAAGGAACCUGAAUACGCAAAGCCUAUUAUCCAGGAGGUCAACCGCCAGAACCGCUUCACGCCCUCCUAUGCUGUAGCUAAGAUGUUGGGACUCCAUCCUCUGAUACUCAGCAAGAUUCUGUCUUCGUACCAAGUCAACACCGUGGGAGGCCUCAGGGUCAACCUUGGCCUCAACCUCAAGUUCGACGCUAAGAAGCAGAAAGUCCUCGGAUACUCUCAGAAGAACCAGUCAGGCUGGGAGUUUAGCAACGCCGCGAUCGAGCUGCUUGCCAAGUACGUCGCAGCGUUCCCAGACUUCUUCGUUGCCAUCCAGACCAAGGCGCAGCAGAGCGACAUCAGCGACACUGACAUCUGGCCCGACUCGGCCGUGGCUGCUAAGCGCGUCAAGGAGAUCGGUCAAUGGCUCAAGGCGGCAGAGACAAGCAAGUUUGAAAGGGUUCCUCUUGAUGCCGAACAACUCGACUCUGUGACAGUUAUGAAAUUGGCUGAGGCCGGCGAGCAAGCUUUCCAGAUCUCGCAGAACACCACGACUAAGAAGCUCAACAACGUUCCGCGGUCGGCGCUUCUGAAGCCUACGGAUGCCGAAUUGCUCAUGGGCAAUCAGAAGUUCAACCUUGGCGACCGUGUCACAUAUGUUGCUGCAACCGGCAAGGUUCCCAUUGCAAGCCGCGGUACCGUGGUUGGCAUUGGACGCACUGCCACGGCUAUUCUGCUUGAUGUCGUUUGGGACGUAACCUUCAUGAGCGGUACGACACUGGGUGAACGCGCUCCUCCCUUCCGGGGCAUGACGGUGGCAUCCUCAUCCGUCCUGAACACAACGCACAAGCAGGUCAUCUCGGGCUCCAAGGCCGCCACUCAGCGACGCCCUGCGCCCGCGUCCACAUCGCUGACGACGGGUUCUUACAACCCUAAUGGCACCCCACAGUACAGAGACGCAUCGGCGCCGGCGCCUCUCAGAGGGAGCUAUCGCGGUGCGAUGAAUGAGCAGUCUCAUGGCCAGCCCCGGGGUGGCGGCAGGGGUCAAAACGGAGCAAAUGGCAGCGGGGGCGGCAAUGUUCCCAACUUGCUCCAUAGCACUUUAGUCUAUCGACCUCAUCCCAACGGCAACCAGGGAGGAGAUGGCCAGGCCUCUCGUGGCCGUGGCCGCGGUCGGGGACGCGGCGGACCUGUCGCCAACGGCGGACCUGCCCCACAGUCCUCGCCUCAGCCGCAGCAGCAGAUGUACGGCAACGUGCCUCCUCCUGCGUCUCUUGAUGCGCGUGGAAGGGGCCGUGGACGUGGCGGACGUGGUCGAGGAGGUGCUCGUGGCGGUGCUCGUGGUGGAGCGGCCCCUCCUGCUCCCUCUCAGAACUAG